AUGGUUUUAAGCCGGCCAUAUGACUCACUUUUCUCUGGGAGAGGCUUUGGGGGGGGGCAUUUUGUAACCAUUCGUCAAUCGCUUUCUCUUCUAUCAUAUUUUCUAUAUUUCUCCUUUAUUAGCCAUCUCUCUAUUUCUUCUUUCAUUCUCUCUUUCCCCCUCUUUCUCUCUUACUUUCAAUCUCGAUCCAUAACGUUUUCAACAAGUCCUAUUUUUCUUUCUUUCUUCCUUUCUUUCUUCCUUCCUUCCUUCCUUUCUUUCACUAUGUCUCUUUUUCUUUCUCUGUCGAUCUAUUAUGUUUUAACACCAAGUCCUAUUUUUCUUUCUUUCUUUCUUUCUUUCUUUCUUUCUUUCUUUCUUUCUUUCGCUAUCUCUCUUUGUCUUUCUCUCUCGAUCCAUAACGUUUUCUUUUACCAGCAAGUCCUAUUUUUAUUUCUCUCUCUCUCUCUCUCUCUUUCUCUCUCCCUUUUCUAUUUAUAUCUAUUCCAGCUUGAUUUUCUGCAUUUCUUUCUCUCUUCCCAUCCUUCUCAUAUUCUUUUUGAGACUAAUAUUCGCUUUGUAAAUAUUGUUCUAUCAUUUUCCCUUUCCCUUUCUUUUUUUCGUUUCUCUCGUCUUUCUUUACUUUUUCUUUCUCACCCACUCUUACUCACUCUUUCUUUCUUUCUCUCUCUCUCUUCUUAUCUAUCCAUCUCCCUUCCUCUCUCUCAUUUAUCAUGUUUUCUUCUUUCCAUUUCUGCUCCUUUUCUUUCCUAUAUCCAUUCUGUUUUUAUCUAUUUCCCCACUAUUCUCUUUCUAUUCGACCAUCUCUUUAUCUCUCUCUAUCUCUCUCUCUCACACACACACAUAGACAGGCACACACACUCUCUCUCUCUCUCUCUCUCUCUCUCUCUCUCUCUCUGCCAUUCUCUCUAUCACUCUCUCCUAUUUGGUGUGUAUCUAUUUCUCCAUUGUAUUUUCUCUCUCUUUCUUUCUCUUCCUCUCUCCUCUUUAGUAGUAUCUAUUUCUCUAUUAUUUUCUCUCUCUCCCUCUCUCUCUCUCUCUCUCUCUCUCUCUCUCCGUCAUUCUCUCUUACUCGCUAUCACUCUCUCCUAUUUGGUGUGUAUCUAUUUCUCCAUUAUAUUUUCUCUCUUUCCCCCUCUCUCUCUUUCUCUCCUAUUUGGUUUGUAUCUAUUUUUCCGUUAUUUUCCAUUUCUUUUUUUUUCUCUCUCUCUCCCCCUCUCUCCCUCUCUCUCUCUCUCUCUCUCUCUCUCACUCCUUCAUUUUGUAUCUAUUUUUCUGUUAAUUUCCGUAUCUCUCUUUCUUACACUCCCCAACAAUCUCUCCUAUUUGUAUAUUUUCUUUAUUUCUUUUUCUCUCUCUUUUCCCUCGCCCCCAUCUCAUUGUGCUUUAUUUAGUUCGCCAUUAUUUCCUGUUUCUCUCUUCCGAUAUCUUUGUACAAACACUCGUCGUUAUAAUGCGGUUAUUAAAAGAGACAAACUUUGA